AUGGCCGACCUAGUCGAUUCAAUGCUCGACCUGAUGCGUCGGCUUCCGCCUACACAGGUAGAGGAGAAUGUUGCCUCCCUCGUCGCGAUGUGCCCAGACUACGCGGACGACCUGCUUGGGAGCGUCGACCAGCCACUUAAAAUAAUGACUGAUCGAGCAACGGGGAAAGAAUAUCUCGCGUGCGAUUAUAAUCGGGAUGGAGAGAGCUAUCGGUCUCCCUGGUCGAACGAGUACGACCCCCCACUAGAGGAUGGUACCGUACCUUCAUCUAGACUGCGCAAGCUUGAAAUUACCGCCAACGAGGCAUUCGACACAUAUCGUGAGAUGUACUACGAAGGGGGUGUUUCCUCCGUCUUUCUCUGGGAUUUGGACGACGGAGGCUUUGCAGGCGUAGUCCUGCUCAAGAAAGUCCUCAACGCUGCUUCAUCCACGGAGCCUUCUGGUUCGUGGGACUCGAUUCACGUCUUUGAAGCCGCAGAGCGGGGGCGCCAGGCUCACUACAAGCUCACCUCCACGGUCAUGCUGCAGAUGACGGAUCGCGCCAUCACAGCUAGUGAAGGAAAGGAGAGCAGGGAUAGUGACAAGCCUGACGCAAAGCGUGAGGGCGAAGUGGUUCUGAGCGGCAGCAUGACGAGACAGAGCGAGCAGGAUCUCCCGCUUCACGACCAAGCGUCGCACAUCUCGAACACUGGACGGAUGGUUGAGGAAAUGGAGAUCAAGAUGCGCAAUCUCCUGCAAGAGGUGUACUUUGGGAAGACGCGCGACAUCGUGUAUGACCUGCGCAGCAUCGACGACCUCGAGAAGGCACGACGGCAGCGCGAGCUCCAGAAGGAGCUCGUGGGCUUCAUCAAACGGUGA